AAUAGCAACUCCAUAACCACAAAAUAGCACGAUUGCAAUGAAGAAAACAGCACCAACUUAAUCUGCUUGUGCAGUGCAUGGCGACGCUCAUAGAUGAAUAUCAGGGAGAGCGCAGGUCUCCGGUCGCUGGAUCGUGCCGUUAUAUAUCCCUAAUUUCACUGUCAAGUCACAUGGUCCUUUUUUAUUGCGGUGAGCCAAAUUUGGAUUGCAUUACUGGAAUGAUUCAUGUCCAGCCAACUCAAUCGUUCACAUGGAAUGUUCAAAAAGCAAACUUGUAUGGUAUCGUUCUCGGUUAUAAAAAAACAACAACUCAAUCUCCCGAUAAACCUAAGGUGCAAAAUCUCACCGUGAAUAGAUUAUGCAAAGAACAAGUAAUAACUGCAGUGAACGGAAGAUUUCCUGGUCCUACUUUAACUGUUCGUGAAGGAGACACCCUUAUUGUCCACGUCUUCAACAAGUCUCCUAACAACCUCGCCAUUCACUGGCAUGGAGUGUCUGGGCUGAGCCCAUGGGCCGAUGGGCCUAGUAUGAUAACCCAAUGUCCUAUACGCACCGGACAUAACUACACCUAUAAAUUUAAUAUCACAAAGCACGAAGGAACCCUAUUUUGGCAUGCUCACGAUGCAUGGCUUCGAGCUACAGUCUUUGGUGCAAUCAUAGUUCGACCACGAUUGGGCCACUCUUACCCAUUCCCUAAACCCUACCGUGAAGUCCCCAUCUUAUUAGGAGAGUGGUGGAAUAUAAGCAUUAUUGAAGCAGAACGACUUACACUUGAGUCCGGUGGUCCUCCAAUCGUUAAUGACGCCUAUUUUAUUAAUGGAUUACUAGGAGAUACCUAUCCUUGCUCAGUAGACCAAAUGUUUAGGCUUAACGUGAAGCAAGGAAAAACGUAUCUAUUAAGAAUAGUCAACACUGGAUUGGACAACAAUCUAUUCUUCAAGAUAGCCAAUCACAGCAUGACAGUUGUGGGCAUUGAUGGGGCAUACACCACCCCUUACGUGACCGAUGUUCUCAUGGUUGCACUCGGCCAGACCACCGACGUCCUCGUUACCGCCAACCAACCCGUCGGAUCCUAUUACAUGGCAUCAAGCUUAUACGACACAAUUCCAUUACCCGGUGAAAACACCACCACUCGUGGCCUCAUAGUCUACGAAGGAGCGAACCCAUCGGUGGCACCCUCCGUGCCGGUUCUACCAGACAGUCACGACACCAACACCACCCACCGGUUCCAAAGCAACCUCACUGGCUUGCCCGGGUCCCCACACUUUCUUCCGGUUCCACUUGAGGUAAACGAGCGCAUGUUCGUGACCACAGGAUUAGCGCUCAUCCCGUGCCCACCGUCGUACACGUGUAACAAUGGUAUAAUGGGGAAUGCGUUGUCGUCUAGUAUGAACAACAAGUCAUUUGUGCCUCCGAGAGGAUUGUCUAUGAUGGAAGCAUUUUAUUACAAUGUGAGUGGAAUCUACACCACUGAUUUCCCUGAUAAUCCUCCCAAAGUCUUCGACUAUGUCAACACCAGCAUCAGCUUUGACCAAUCACUAAUAUUUACGGAAAGAUCAACGAGCGUGAAGAAAUUGAAGUUUAAUUCAACGGUGGAAGUGGUGUUGCAAGAUACGGCUAUUGUUACACUUGGAAACCACCAUCCAAUUCACCUUCAUGGGUUUAGCUUCCAUGUAUUGGCCCAAGGUUUUGGAAACUAUGAUCCUGUAAGGGAUAGUCCAAAAUUCAACUUAAUCAAUCCUCCAUAUCGUAACACUGUCCUUGUACCUACUGGAGGCUGGACUGUUGUCCGAUUCAGAGCUGAUAAUCCAGGUGUGUGGUUCGUGCAUUGUCAUCUGGACUCGCACAUGUCGUGGGGUAUGGCUAUGGCCUUCGUGGUUGAGAACGGACCAACACCGGCAACAAGGGCGUCUCCUCCGCCACCGGACCUACCCAAGUGUUAGAAAUUUUUAUAUGUACAUUCAAAAAGAUUGAUCAAGAUACGUACACAUUGAUUACGUUGGGCAUGUACACAUUCAUUGUGAUGUACAAUUGCUGCAACAACUUAGUUUAAUUUUAUUUUUCACUUUCUUUUUUUA